GUGGCAUCGCUGGCCAGACCUUUUAAUUUCCGUCAUUGGAUUUACAUUCUGUCGAUUUCCACAAAGGAAAAAGAUGGAUUUUGCAUCGGUAACAUCAAGGGUUUUUUCGGCAAUUCAAAACCUGGACAUUGCUGAGCUAGCACAAUGCAGUUCUUCCGAAAUUCGACCGCUUCUACCGUGUUUGGUUCGAAUGUGUUUACUUCCACCGCUGGAUUGUACUAAACAUUGGAUGGAUAGCCGGAAGCAGUUGUUAUCUGUGUUAUCAGGCAUAGAAAUCGUCAACAAUAUUGUAUCGCUACUGCAGGUGAGCUUCCAUGAGUUGGAAGUGGAUGUUAAAAAAGAACAGCAGUUAAGGCAGAAGGUUGGUUAUACAGCGCAGGAUUCCGCACAGUUUCACAGUCUUCAAAAUGGAGUUGUGAUGGGCUUUGAGAGAGCGGAUAUUGCAAGUAAAGUUCGAGUGGUUCUUUCGGAACUUUUCUACAUUCAAGCGCAAAUUACGGAACAAACUGCACAAGGUUCCACUCAAAAAUCGUCCAGUGAGGAUGGCAUAAAAAAGUCGGAACUAUUUGAUAAUGACAUUUACUUGGAGGAGAUAGCGGAUAUAAUAUGUAUUGCGCUGGCCGAGCUACCGUCGUUGUUGAAUGUGUUAGAAGUUAUCGAAAUCCUUUUGUACGUAAAUAACGGAAGUAAACUUAUUUGUUGGGUAGUGGCAAACAUGCCAGACUGUUUCCGAGAAGUUGUCACAACGCUGAUCACCAAUGGAGAUGAAGACAAUACGGAAGGCAAACUCAGACUUGCUGCUCUUUACGAGUUGUGCGAUAUGAAUCCUGGUCAGGCUCUAACAACACGAAUGAUUUGCGUUGAGCAAACUAAAAUGCCUUCGCUGAUGUUGAAGCUUAGUUUAAAGGAUCCACAGAAUUUGGUUGCUUUCGCGUCGGGCCUGCUGCUAGGAAACGAUCAAAAUAUUCGCUCAUUUUUUGCCCUGUACGUGCGAUCCAGCCAAAAACGAAAGGGAGAUGCUUUGAAUUUGUUUAGGGAUGAGCUAAUGAGGCAGUUACAAAAUAUUGUGGUGUUAUCGCAUAAUGGUCAACUUUUGGAACAAUACGUUGUGCAGUCAACUGCCAUAUUAAGAUUGUACUGCGCACUACGUGGUAUUUCCGGAAUCAAAUUUUCCGACGAAGAAAUAAUGUGCUUGAUACAAUUGAUCACAACAAAGCCUCCACCGACGCCGGCUGGUAUUCGUUUUGUAUCUCUAGGUUUGUGCAUGUUGAUAGCAUGUCCAUCGCUAUUAGCCAAUCAAGGAAUUGAAGCAAAAAUAAUCGAAUGGAUUCAAUGGCUUAUUAAGGAGGAAGCUUAUUUCGAAAGUAUGAGUGAGGUGUCAGCUUCCUUUGGAGAGAUGCUUUUGCUGAUGGCAAUUCAUUUCCAUAGCAAUCAAUUGUCCCACAUUUGUGAACUGGCUUGUUCAACCUUAGGAAUGAAGUUUCCGCUUCGUCCCAACACAAUCAGUCGAAUGAAGCAUAUUUUCACGCAAGAAAUUUUUACCGAACAAGUUGUAGCGGCUCACGCUAUCAAAGUGCCAGUUACUAUAAAUCUGAAUGCCAACAUUCCCGGGUACUUGCCGGUACAUUGCAUUCAUCAAUUGCUGAAAUCUAGGGCAUUUUCAAAGCACAAAGUUCCUAUAAAAAAUUGGAUUUAUAAGCAAAUUUGCAGCUCUAUCACCCCACUCCAUCCUGUUUUGCCAGCACUAAUUGAGGUUUACGUGAAUUCCGUCAUUCUACCUAACCAAAAAAGUCUCGUAGAGCACACACAUAGGGCUCUCUCCGAACAAGAGAUACAGAAGGUUUUUCAAAAUACACCAUUUUACAUCAAACAGGAAAAUGUAAAACCACAGUCAAAAUCAACUGAAACCAUUCAGACAGAUGAAUCAACCGGUAGUAAUAUAAAUUUGACACCACAGUUACUACUUCUGUAUUAUUUACUGUUAUACGAGGAUAUUCGCCUUAGCAAUAUGGCUAACAUUAUUGCCAGUGGUCGUCAGGUUAAAAGUUAUUCAAACGAGUUUAUGUCCGAGCUUCCCAUUAAAUAUUUACUGCAACAGGCGCAGAAAAAUCAGCAGGAAUACAGCGUACUAUUUAGUCCGUUACUUCGUUUGCUUGUUACGCAUUUUCCACAUCUCUCACUGGUAGAUGAUUGGAUAGAUGAAGAGAGUAUCUCAUUAGAACAUACUUCUAAUGUAGCUCUUAGUGAGUUAAAUGUAAUCGAAGCAUUUGAGGAGAUCGAUAUAAAUCCGGGAAAAACAAUUAAAUUCCUAAAAAUUAUGAUGAAAAAGUCUCCUACUGACUUGUGGCCCUUAGCGGAUACACUCAUUCGAUAUUUCAAAAUGAUUCUUGGCAGCACAGUUCCUCGACUUGUGCAAGAGCUUUACAAAAAUGUGUGGAUUCGCUUGAAUACGGUAUUCCCACGGCGUCUCUGGGUCAUGACCAUAAGUGCACUUAUGCCGAAGGACACAGUGACUGAAAAUUUCACACUGACUCAGGAAACCAUACUGAUUGAUCCGCUGCAAGUACUGCGAUGUGACGAAAGGUUGUUUCGUUGUGCCAGUGCUCUGUCAGUGGUGUUACGUAUAUUGCAAGCGACUUUAGCCGCAUCUAAAAGCCAGCUAUCACGUCAUAUGCUUGAUAAGCCACUUCUCGAUGUUGGAAAUCAAGUUAAGUCGGAUAUAGAUCGUGAAGAACUCAAGCUGGCACUCGUAGCAUCCCAGGAGAGUGUAGCCGUGCAAAUUCUGCUUGAAUCGUGUCUUGAAUCGGAAGAUCGUUCGAAACCAGGACGCCUAUGGGCACUACGAGAAGUUCGUGGCGUAAUUUGUUCAUACAUACAUCAAGUGUUUAUUUCUGAGCCGUCGCUUGCAAAAUUGGUCCACUUCCAAGGUUAUCCGCGAGAGCUGCUGGCUAUGACCGUUAGAGGAAUUCCAUCGAUGCAUAUAUGUCUUGAUUUUAUACCCGAACUACUCAGUAUGGCAGAGAUGGAUAAACAAAUUUUUGCUAUUGAUUUAACAUCGCAUCUUUCACUUCAAUAUUCAUUGCCAAAAUCGCUCAGUAUUGCAAAGCUGUGCUUGAAUACUUUGACUACUUUGUUAGGAGUUCUUUCUGGCGACACGCGUAUCGAAAUGUUUCGAACAAUACUUCCGUGCAUAGUUCGAUUCGCUGAAGCUUUUCCACCGCUUUUAGACGAAUGCAUUAUGUUCCUCCUGCAGCUAGGACGAAUUGCCGAAUCUCAAUCGGCGUUGGGUCGAUCAGCUUCUCUUCCUACUCUCUACCUUGGUCCUGAAGCAAAAGUGCGCUCUCAGAGCAAACGUUCGCAGUACGCUGAAAAGUUGGUAGAUGAAGUAAAGGAAACAUAUAGUAACCUGCUGGACGAUGCCGUCUUAAAUCCCAAAAUUUAUUAACAUUAAAAAAACGAUAUGAGGAAUAAAUUUAGAAUAUUUUAACUUCUCCGGAAUGAAAAGAUUUUUGACUCAUCCCAUUUAUUUUUCCGUCUCUUAAUUGUAAAUUCAUUAGCAGGAU